CUCUCUUCUUCUUCCUCCGCCAUCACCACACCAUCCCCAUCCAUUAAUGAAAGCUAUAAAGCCCUUGUUAUAAUUAAGACCACAACGUCUCAAUCACGAACAGUUCCCUAUUUCCCACAAUUCAAAAAGGUUAUUCUCUGCCCCUUUUCUGCAUCCUUCUCCUUCUUCUCCUCGUGCAACCCUACGAAGUCUUUCUGUUUGCAUGUUCUUUUUCAGCAGUUCCUUUUUGGGUCUACCGUUCUCCACAGUUUGACUUCUGCCUACUCUAACCCGCUUUCUCCGUUACUUGUUGUAGAGUCCCUAGAAGAGAGAGAUUGAAGAGCGUUGCCAACCAUUUGACACAAUGUCAACCCUAUUUUCGCUGUCUUUUCUGAUUUUAUGAGCCUCUUGGGUUUUAGAGUCUCCAAUUUCUUGCACGUAGACAGAGAGAGAGUAUUAAGGGCAAAGUACAAAACCCCAAAAGUCUUUUAUGCCCUUUUUACAACUAAAAGCCCAAACUUGCUCGAUCUUCUUCCUUGUUCAAACUUCGAAGCCUCUCUCGUUGAUCCAGAGACAUCUCGACACAGAUUCUCAAUUCCAUCUCAUUUCGGUAUUAUGAUUUCUUCAGUGACACAACCACUUUGAACUGAGAGAGAAGAAAGAAGAAACAUGCAUCCAAAUUGCAAAUUCAUGCCACUGAAUUUGAAGCAAAGAAAACGGAUUCUCUAUAGCGAUCAUCUUCAAGGCUAACUAAUCUUUCUUCCAUACGUUCAGCUUGGAAAGAGCAGACCGUAGCUUCUAGAAUUUAGGGAUUUGCGCGCGUCGCAAAAUGUUUCAACAGCCAAACAUGUUUGAUUCUAAUGUGCUUGAUGUGUCCCACAAGAUGUCAUCGGACAGUGAUCUAGUGGGAAGGAAGACCAAUGACGACGAUUACGAGACCAAAUCGGUCACUGAAACAACCAUGGAAGCUCCUUCAGGUGACGACCAAGACCCCGACCAACGUCCCAAAAGGAAGCGCUACCACCGCCACACCCAGCGCCAAAUACAAGAAUUGGAAUCUUUCUUCAAGGAGUGUCCCCACCCAGAUGACAAACAAAGGAAAGAGCUGAGCCGUGAACUGGGAUUAGAGCCUUUGCAAGUCAAGUUUUGGUUCCAAAACAAGCGCACCCAAAUGAAGGCACAACAUGAACGCCAUGAGAAUUCCAUUUUGAAGGCUGAGAAUGAAAAGCUUCGAGCUGAGAACAGUAGGUACAAGGACGCCCUAAGCAACGCUUCAUGCCCCAACUGUGGAGGCCCUGCAGCUCUUGGUGAAAUGUCCUUUGACGAGCAGCAUCUCAGGAUUGAGAAUGCCCGCUUAAGAGAAGAGAUAGACAGAAUAUCAGGAAUUGCGGCCAAAUACGUUGGAAAGCCAGUGACAUCUUUUUCACACUUUUCAUCUCAUCACCUUCCUUCACGCUCGCUGGAAGAUCUUGGAGUUGGCAGUAACUUUGUGUCACAGUCAGGGACAAUAGGGGAAAUGUACAGUGUGAGUAACAGUGACCUUAUUAGGUCACUACCAAUGCCUUCUGAAGCUGACAAGCCCAUGAUUGUAGAGCUUGCUGUUGCGGCAAUGGAGGAACUCACCAGAUUGGCUCAGGCUGGAGACCCCUUGUGGGUUAUCUCUAAUGACCACUCUUCUGGUACCCACCAAGUCCUGAAUGAAGAGGAAUACUUGAGGACUUUUCCCAGGGGCCUAGGUCCUAAACCCUUGGGAUUAAGAUCUGAAGCUUCAAGGGAGUCCGCUGUCGUUAUCAUGAACCAUAUUAACCUUGUUGAGAUUCUCAUGGACGUGAAUCAAUGGUCAAGAGUGUUUUGCGGCAUUGUUUCAAGAGCAAUGACACUUGAAGUCCUGUCAACUGGAGUGGCAGGAAACUAUAAUGGAGCCUUACAAGUGAUGUCUGCCGAGUUCCAAGUCCCUUCACCUCUUGUUCCCACAAGAGAGAACUACUUCGUUCGCUACUGUAAGCAGCAUGCAGAUGGGACAUGGGCAGUGGUCGAUGUUUCCUUGGACAACAUACGACCAACUGCUUUAUCUAAAAGCCGAAGAAGGCCUUCUGGCUGUCUGAUCCAAGAAUUGCCAAAUGGAUACUCUAAGGUUACUUGGAUUGAACAUGUUGAAGUGGAUGACAGAAAUACGCACAAUAUAUACAGACCCCUUGUCAAUUCUGGCCUUGCCUUUGGAGCUAAACGUUGGGUGGCCACACUAGAUAGACAAUGUGAACGUAUUGCUAGUUCUAUGGCCUGCAACAUACCUGCAGGGGACCUUUGUGUGAUAACAAGUUCUGAGGGAAGGAAGAGUAUGAUGAAGCUAGCAGAGAGAAUGGUGAUGAGCUUCUGUGCCGGAGUUGGGGCUUCAACAGCACAUGCAUGGACAACACUAUCAGCAACAGGGAAUGAUGAUGUGAGGGUAAUGACCAGAAAGAGUAUGGAUGAUCCAGGAAGGCCUCCUGGUAUAGUUCUCAGUGCUGCGACUUCUUUCUGGCUUCCAGUUCCUCCAAACAGGGUCUUCAAUUUCCUUCGAGAUGAAAACUCCAGAAGUGAGUGGGAUAUUUUAUCCAAUGGAGGUAUGGUCCAAGAAAUGGCUCACAUAGCAAAUGGUCGUGAUCCAGGCAAUUUUGUCUCUCUACUCCGUGUCAAUAGUGCAAAUUCAAGCCAAAGCAACAUGGUGAUACUUCAGGAGAGCUGCACAGACGCAACGGGGUCGUAUGUGAUAUAUGCUCCUGUUGAUAUUGUGGCCAUGAACACAGUGCUUGGAGGAGGAGACCCUGACUAUGUUGCCCUCUUGCCCUCUGGUUUUGCCAUUCUUCCUGCUGGCUCCUCACUGAACAAUAAUGGAGGAGGAGGAGGAGGGCCUAUUCUUGAUGUUGGAUCAGGAGGUUCUCUUCUCACUGUUGCGUUUCAGAUCUUAGUUGACUCAGUGCCAACAGCUAAACUCUCUCUGGGCUCAGUCGCCACUGUUAACAGUUUGAUUAAGUGCACCGUUGAAAGGAUCAAAGCUGCUCUCAUCUAAUCUAAUUACUUCUUCAAAUCUGGUUGUUAGGGCGAAGAUUAUAUAGAGAAUGGAGAUAAUUAAAGCUGGGAAACUAAAGGAGGGAGAAAGUCAAUGAACGCACCUUGGAGUAUCCAUUGAAGAAGCUAGAAAUUAGUAUCACUUUCUUUCAUGGAUAUUGGGUUCGGGUAUUGACUUCCCCCCAAUAUCGAGUCGGAGGCUAAAGUAGGAUUGAUUAAUUAGCUUAUUAUUAGGACUAGGCAUUAGUGACUCAGAGAAUUAACCCUACAUUUCACUAGCUUCUCCCUCUCUCUGUGUCUUUAAUUAAUUACUAGUUUAGCCUUGAUGUUAUCUAGUUUAUAUUGUAAAACUUCUCAGAAGUUAAAAUCCUGUUCUUAAAUAUUAUCUUGUUUUUCCAUUUUCUAGAUGUUGACUUCCUAAUCACUGUUU